UAUUUAACAUAACCCGUUUAUGUCACAUCUAUCAUGCACAAUUGGAUUUGUGCUUCCUUGCGCGCAUGUGUGAGGGUGUUUGUGUUUGGAUGAGAGACAGAAGGAGAGACAGUGGAUGUGAGAGAGAGGGUUAGUUGAAAUGCGCGGCGCAUUCUUGUGUGGAGGGCGAAGCGAGCAGCCGUCCGCAGGGCAGCGGAAUUGCUCGAAAUAUCAACACUUCCAAUAGAAGCCUCACUCCGCACAGCAGAGGGAAUCUUUUCGUUUUUACAUGUUUGCUGCAAAGCGAGGUCGUUCCAAGUGUUUAGUCCGCCACAAACCAAACUGAAUUUCUGCUGGAAGUUGUGCCGCCUGGAUCCUCCACAGAGUGUUGUACCUCCACCACCCCGGGAGGGUAGAUUCGUGUCCUGCUGCGUGCAGAGGAGCCGCAGCGCAGGAGUUCCAUUAGGAGCAUAUCGAGAAAAUGAUCCCGAGGUGAGCUGACGUCCAGCUGUGGUCAUCUGUGAGUGGUAGGAGCUCAGUGUAAAGAGGAACCUCCUGACUGAGAAGGUCAAAAUGUCUCCUGCUACCAUCAGCCUGCUGACCCUCACCCUCCUCACCCUUUCUCCCUCUGUUUCCAGUCAACAGGUCCCCAGUAACUGUGUGAUCAAGAGGGAACAGGAGAAAUGCCUGGAAAUGAUGGCCUUAGAAGAUCUUACUCCAGAAUUUGUCUGUCCGUGGUUUUGGGACAAUCUGACGUGUUGGCAGCCAGCCAGGAUCGGUGAGGUGAUCGAGGUCAACUGCCCUGAACUCUUCUCUCAGUUCAUGAGUGAAGAAGACUACGAACUGGGGAAGGUGAGUCGUAACUGCACCGAGUUUGGCUGGUCAGAGCCCUUCCCCCACUACAUCGACGCUUGCCUGUAUGAGGAAGGAAACAACAUCACCACGGACAUGUAUUAUGUGUCAGUGAAGGCUCUGUACACUGUGGGCUACAGCACCUCCCUGGUCUCCCUCACCACAGCCAUGGUCAUCCUGUGCAGGUUCAGGAAGCUGCACUGUACCAGGAACUUCAUCCACAUGAACCUAUUUGUGUCAUUCAUCUUGAGAGCUAUUUCUGUCUUCAUCAAAGAUGGCGUGCUGUACGCCAAAGAGGACAGCGAGCACUGCUUAAUACACACUCUGGAGUGUCGAGCCGUGAUGAUAUUCUUCCACUACUGCGUCCUUUCUAACUACUUCUGGCUCUUCAUCGAAGGUCUCUAUCUCUUCACUUUACUGGUGGAGACCUUCUUCCCUGAAAAGAGAUACUUCUACUGGUACAUCAUCAUUGGCUGGGGAACCCCAACAGUGUGCGUGACCAUCUGGGCGGUGCUGAGGCUGCACUUUGAUGAUAUAGGGUGUUGGGACAUGAAUGACAAUGCUGCCAUCUGGUGGGUGAUAAAAGGACCUGUGCUGGCUUCAAUUAUGAUUAACUUUGUGCUCUUCAUUGGCAUCAUCGUUAUUCUGGUCCAGAAGUUACAGUCCCCAGAUAUCGGAGGAAAUGAAUCAAGUAUUUAUCUGAGGUUGGCUCGCUCCACUCUGCUGCUGAUUCCUCUCUUUGGGAUCCACUACACAGUGUUCGCCUUCUCCCCCGAGAACGUCAGCAAAAGGGAGCGCCUGGUUUUUGAGCUCGGCCUCGGAUCCUUCCAGGGCUUUGUGGUGGCUGUCCUCUACUGCUUCCUCAAUGGAGAGUAUAUCCCUCAAGGUGCAAUCGGAGAUCAAGAGGAAAUGGCGCAGCUGGACGGUGAACAGGUACUUUGCUGUGGACCUGAAGCACCGGCACCCUUCGCUGGCGAGCAGUGGGGUGAAUGGGGGGACGCAGCUGUCCAUCCUCAGCAAGAGCAGCUCCCAGAUCCGCAUGUCCAGCCUGCAGGCCGAGACUCCGGCCACCUGAGCGCCGCCGUUGGGGGCGUCACAUUCGGCACCGACUGCGCUUCUGGACCUGAUGCCACCAAACCCACCACUCCCACCCUCGUACCGAUGACCAACCUCAGCAACCCGUUUCUCAACCCUUACCCCAACCCGUACCCCAAUGACACCAUGAUGGAAACCCAACUCAACUCCAGCGACCCAGAACAGCCUCUAGUCUGAACCUGCGGCACCUGAAACGUGACCAAAUAAUAAAUCCAGUGCCGUAGAAAACUUCUAAAACAUCUCUAAAAGGCAUGAUCGAGGAAUCUAGUGUGUAUCCUUGCUGGAACCUGCAAAAGAAGUGUUGCUGUCUGUCUGUAUAUAUUGUGUUAGUGUUCAAAGCUGUCUGGUGCUACAGAAUUUGUGGGACCAGUUCAUUUCUGCAGCCAGAGAGCUCCAGAGUGUGUGUCCUCUCACACUGAUCAUUCCAGUCUGUCUGAGGACAUUUUUGUCCUUAAGUUUCACACUUUCCUCAAAAUGUAUUUUAGACAAUAACCGUAUUCCUCUUUCAAUGCAGAUACCUUAUCUGCUGUGAAGUGGUUUACCUGAAGAGAGACACUACUGGUCACCCUGGUGUAAAUAUUUCUAAGGAAUGCUUCAAUGAUCGUGAACAUGAAGACUGGUUUUCUUGAUGUUGAGUUGUCUUUUGCUUGUAAAAAAACAAAACAAAACAAAACAACAGCAACAAAAAAACCUGUUGUAUAAUGUCCUCUGUUGCUUUGGACCUGAAAUAAGAACUUGGACUUAACGGUGAUAUAUUUGUGACUUAAAGCCUCUGUUACAAACUGCAGGCGUGACACUGAAUGAGUCACAUGAAAAUAUAUGUGUUGAAUUAUGGGAAACCUAGUAUCCUGCAUUUACCGGAGCUUCCCCCAAAUUCAGCUCUAAAGUUCAGGAAAUAUCUGCCUCUGCUGCUUUGAUUUUCCAUUUUUUUAAGAAUCUGUCUCUAAUGUGUCCCCACAAACACAAAUAAGCAGCAGCACUAAAUAUCUGAAGUGAUCCUUUAAGAGAACCUGUACAGAAAAUACCUUAGAGAGCAGUUAUGGUGACUGCAGCUGAAGAAAUGAAAGUUCACCGUUACAUCAGUAUGAAAAAAAAAUGAACUUUUUACUCUCUUAUCAGCGUUAUUGAUUGAAGUAGGGACUGUGAAGCAGCAGUGGGUUAAUUUCAAUCAUAUCUGGACUUAUUAAAUCCCCCCCCCCCCCCCCCCCCCCCAGUUUAUUCAAUUUCAGUGUUAAAAAAAACAAUGCUCCUUAUCAUUUCUCAACCCCUGCAGCACUCUCGUGUACAAACUGUAUAUGAAAGCUUAAUAUUUCUACCUACUUUUGCGCCCAAGCCUUUGUUAACUGUGCAAACUGUGACUGAUUUAAAACAAUAUAAUGAGUGUUGAAGACAACCAGACUGAGGAUUGUCAAGGAGUAAUUCCACUAACAGGUGAAAUUUGGAAAAGCAGUAUUUGUUGGAAGGACGUAUUUUCUACAGUUGAGUGAAAUGCCAAAAAAAAAAAAAAAGAAAACUGCUAAAAAGCAGCACAAGGGUUAAAUGUUUGACUCUAACAGUCUUCUUCAGAUGUGUGCGCACUGCUGAGGUUUGCUGAAUACGACCACACAUACAAACCUCUUUUAAAUCUCAGCAAUGGAGAGCAGACGUCUGACAGGAGAUACGUUGGAGAUCAGUGUGUCUGUAGUUUUAAACAGCCGUUAGUACAGAAAAUGUCAAUGAAAAUCCGUUCGUGUCUGAAGCAUCAUGGGUUCUACUGCUUGCAUGAAAUUGCAUUUAUUGUCCAUGUGCUUUUGUUGGACUUUUUUGUGAGUGUUUUAAUUGGAUUUCUUUUUCUUCAUGAGUGUUAGCAGGUUGCUGUGGCGUGCUCUCAUACUUAAUCACUUUGUAAAGGCAGAACCUCUUCAGCAGCCUCCUGCAAGAAGUUUCAACAUUGUACUGGUCUAAGUGAAGGUGUGGACCAUCAGAAACAUCACAACAUUUGGCCUUUUUGGGAUAAAACCUUUAGAUUUUUUUCUGAAAACGGACAGCUUGAAAGAUCACUUUUACUCAUUUUGAUUAAUGAGGGUUUCUUUUCAGACAAACCCCUCCUGACACGUCGCAGCAUCUCUUUCUGUCUCUCUGCAGUUAGUGUCUCUGGUGCUGUUUUCUCUCUUUAUGCUUGAAAACAAGCACACUGAGAUGGAUGUUUCUUUAAGAGAGGGAUUUUAAACUCGGGGGUAAUUCUCUCAUUCCAAAGACUAGAAUGAAUCGACUCCUUACUGAGUAUUUGCACGGCCGUAUCCAUUUGUGAAGGCUGAGUUAGCUUUCCAACUGAUGUCACUGUAGAUUUUUCCUUUGGUCUGACACAACUAUCCUCUGAAUCCCAACGCUCGACUCUACUUUGUGUCUGCAAAAGUGCCUUUAAGCACAAAACAAGUAUUUUUGACUUCUGUUGAUGAUUUAAAAAGGAAAGAUUUAUCUUUUCAUUUCAAAACGACACUGCAAAGUAAAGAAAAGGGUUUAACAAAGUGCUUUUAUGAUGCUUAGAACUAAAUCAGUGUUUUAAACCUGGAGGCCUUCAAAGUACUUUAACUCAUGAGAAAGGAUGAGUAAAAACAAGUGUAAACUAUAUUGACUUGGUGGUUCUCAAACCUUUUCUGGCUGUUUUCAUGCCUCCCUACCCCACAGUGUUCAUCAGUUAUUACCACUGAUUCAAAAAACAAACAGUUAAACGAGAAAACAAAUAUCUGAAUUUUAAUGAAACAAAUCUCAGCACAAUAACUUCAGCACACUCUUACAUAAAUCCAACUCAUUCAGUUUAAUUUUCAUUCUUAUUCCUCCUUUGGUCCUUCACACCCCUCAGUUUGAGAACCACUGACUUAAUAUAUAAAUCCAUACAAUAAACCACAUUACAUGUGCAAUAACAGAUAUAUUUUCAUUUUCUUGUUUUUCAGGCACUUUUUUUUUCUCUAUAGCAAAAAAUGGAAAUGACUGGGCUAUAAAAGAUAUCAUUAACCAGAAAAGACCAGUUUUGUACUUUAUAGAAACUGUUUUUCAAAACAUUCUUUAAUUUUACAGAAUUUUUGAUUUGUACUAGAACAGAUAGAGUUUGUUUUAAUUGCAAAUGUCUGAAUUGAAGUGUUUUCUAAAAACAAACUGGAGCUGUAAGACUCCAAAGCAACAACAAAUGACUGAAUUCUUUGAUCAAUGUCAUAGAAAUUUAUCACAUACGUAAUAUUUAUGACGGUAAUAGAAAAGCUCAUCUCCUCAGUUCAGUAUUUUACUGUAGUUGAGUUUUUCUCCUCAUCAGCUGUUUGAAGUCACACAAUAAACCUUGUUUUUAUGAUUUACAGGUAAAAAGACGUCUUGGAAGGAAGCCCUGUAAAAGUAACACAGUCUUAAAAUAAUAGUAAUUAUUCAUUUAAGAUAAAUAGAACAAUGUAAUUGAUUACGUUUGUAGCAAUAGAAUCAGCUAACUGAAGGUCUUCACAGACUAUUGUCAUUUUUUCAGCUAUAUUUGGUCAUUUUAUGACAGUUUUGUCAGUUCUAAGCCCCAAAUUUAGAUUUGUCAGUUUCAGAUUUAUGACCUCAGUUGAUCUAAAUCCAGAUUAAGAUCAAGUGAGGUCAUAAAUCUAAAUUAAACCUAAGAAAUCCACUUUGACUUAUUUAUUUUCUUGGGCAAAAUAUAUUUUAAUAUUAUUGCAUUUACAUCUUUGCAAUAUUGAAUUAUUAUUUUAAAUUAUUAAUAUGGGUGUUUGAUAACAUUUAAUCUCUCUGUGAUGCUUUAUAGUAAACAAUGUUAAAAUGCUAUACCAACAAAUACAUAAUCUUGUUUUUGUGUUGAAAUUAAGUUAGAGCUUCAAUGUUACAAAAAAACUAAUGAAUUACAAAAUUCCUAAAACUAUAAUUGCCUGUUUUAAAAAGAAGUAAUACAGUGGACAUGGCCUCAGUGCUGUAAACAGCAGCCAUGUGUUUAGGUUAACAGUAAACUAAACUGGUUGAACACUGGACAUUUUUAGACAUCUAGAUGACACAGAGCCACUGAGGCCCAAAGUUCACUUCUGACCUUGUGGACUACAAUUUGUUUUAAUUACACCCACAACAAGCUCUGUUUCUAUUUUCAAGUUGCUGUCUUUUGGUACAUAACAAUAUUUUCAUUGAUCCUAAAAUGACUGAUGCCCUUUAACAACUUCUAAUAGAUGAUGGUUUUCAAAUACAUUUUAAUUGUAGAAAAGCCCAAGUAAUGAACUGAGAAACCAUUUUACAGAUGAAUCAAUGAUGGAAAUAAUGAUCAAUUAACGUUAUGAACAAAAUGCCCAGAGCAGCCUCGAAUUGACCAUCUAGUUAUUUUGUCAACGUAAGCAAUUUGCAGACUAUAUUAAGGUCUAAUAUAGUCACAGGGAGAAAAUGUUUGUGUGCUUUCUAGAUGUCUAAAACUCUUCCAACCAAAGGCGUCUUUCGACCUGCAAAUAUCCAAAUCCAUGUUUUCUGGGAGUCCAGGCCACUCAAAGGCAAAGCUGAGAAAAGAAGGGCUGACCGGAAACUGUAUUGUCCUGUUGUUCUGCUGUGUAUGUAUUCAGUGUGACCUGCAAUAAUACCAGUGCAGAUCCAACAGCAGCCAUAAGGGGGCCCUGUUUCAUUAAAGGGCUGGACAAUCACCACCUCUGCUCUGGUUCAGCUGAGCGCUCAGUUGAGUUCAUUUCAAACAUUAUGACAAUCUCACUGGGUCACAAGCCUAUUUUGGAGCAUGUGUUUGUGAAUGCGUUUCUUUGGUGUUACAGUGGGAGUUGGAGCCUUAUAUCGCCAGUACUAUGUUGAUGUCACACAAAGAUGUUGCUAUUAUUCUAAGAAUAAAUAUUCAUUUGAGCCUGUUGUUUUGAACUAUGAAGUAGUUAGUUAAAGUGUUUGAAAGGUCUGUAGCCAACUUUUGUGAUGAAAUAAACUGCAGUUUAAACGUGCAAGACAGAAACAAGCUGCCGGUGUUGUACCUUGUAAAUGGAGUUUUCUGUGGUUCAAAGUUAAUAGCUGUCUUUUCAAAACUUUGCGCUGUGAUUGUUCUCAUUUUUAUAUCUUAUUUUUUUAAUGGUGAUCGUGUUUGCUAAAAGUGUAAAGCCUCCUUUAAUGCCUCUGUACUCUCUAUUAGGCUGAUGCAUGCUUGUUAAAUUGUUUUGAUCUCAUUUGACCAGCAGAUGUAAUCAGAAGGGAGGAUCGAGCUUUCAGGCCAUUAAGGGAAUCUGUGCUUGUUUUAAAUCCGCUGUAGCGAGUGGAUGAGCAAUUAAUAAGCCAGAAGACAGGUAUUGGGUUUCAGCUGUGAAUGAUUUAUCGAAUUGUAGCUCUAGAGUCCCCACAGGACCCAUUAAAUACUUUUCCUUUGAAUGUUAAUCUACUCAGACAUGAGGAAAAGUACAGUGCCAUAAAAACUGCUGUCCUCUUUAUUAUUAUUAUUUUUACUGCAUAGCAUGACAAGGAAAUUGAUUUCAAAUGUUUUUAUUUUGACUUUAUUUACAGUGGUUAUCUUUAUUGAAUUGCUUCAUUGUGUUGAUUGCCUGUUGGAUUCAGUUAAAAGGGAAAAAUGGGGCCCAGCAGUUUGCAUACUGAAGGCUGAAUGUAAAAGUACCUUAAAGCAUCCUGCUGUGAGCCCACUUCUGUCUGCUCAUUAGCUCUUCUUUUUCAUUUGAUCUCUUUCAGUGCACCAUUUUAACUUUUUUCUUUCUUUCUGGUGUACACAUUAGAAGGGUUUUUUGUAGUGGAAGUGAAGACAAUAAAUGUUUUUAACUUGU